AUGGACCCUCUGGCUUUUCUAGGCGACAGCGGCUCCGAGGCAGAUGACGAUGAGACUGCAGAUGACGAGAAUGACCAAGGGCCGGCAAAGCGCCCACGAAUCGAGACCAAGGUCCCUGACGUGGGCUAUGGGGAGCUGCAGCUUGCAGGUUUCAAAGGCGUGGAGCUCACAGAAACGGAGAGGUACCUGCGCGAUGUCGAGGGGCAAGAGCAGAGACGGAGCCAGGCGGCCGCGCCGAAGGCUCCUCCGAAGCCGAAGGAGCCGGAGCCGGAGGAGCCGGUGGUCUCUGGCCCAGAGAUUUUCGGCCAGGAGGAGACGAUAGCGCCUCAGGAGCCCUCUGUGGAGGUGAGACAAAGCGGCAGCCAGGAGCCAGUUCCAGCGCCCCUCUCCAGCUUCCGAGACUCUCGAGGUGUGCUUCCCACAACUCUUCAGCAGCCACUUCAAGAGCUGGGCUUUGAUAUUCCCACACCGAUUCAAGCGCAUGCGAUUCCGAUCAUCGCAGCCGGCAGGGACCUGGUAGGCAUAUCCGCCACAGGGUCCGGCAAGACCUUGGCUUACCUGCUACCCUGCUUUGCAAACAUCCUUCGCAGAGUAUGCCCGAACCCACUGCAUGCUCCUCGAAUGUUGGUCCUUGGCCCUACACGCGAGCUCGUCGCUCAGAUCCAGCGAAGUGCAGCCCGGUUCUGCAAGAGCGCGGAUUUGCUUCUGGAGACGGUGUACGGCGGUGCAUCGAAGGCAGAGCAGCUGGCCGGCCUGAGGAAGAUGCCUCCCGUGGUGGUGGCCACACCUGGACGGCUCAUCGAAUUUUUGGAAGAGGAUCCGCCACCCUGCUGCUUGAGACACGCGCGGCACGUGGUACUGGAUGAGGCAGAUCGGAUGUUGGGCGAAGGCUUUGAAGUCCAGGUGCGACAGAUUUUGGCAGAGGCGACCAUGGCAAACCGCCAGACUCUACUUUUCUCGGCCACCUGGCCACAAGCGGUGAAGGCAUUUGCGUUUUCCGUCUUGCGACAGCCCGUCGAGGUUCGUGUGGGUGCUGGCGACUCCUCCUUCAGUACCAACCCCAAUGUUGUGCAGGAUGUCAUAUUCCUGCGGGACGACUGUGAGAAACCUUCGGCGCUGUGCGCCCUCCUGAAAGGGAGGAAGAACGUUAAAGCCAUCGUCUUCGUCGCUACGAAGAGAGCCUGCCAGCAGCUGGAGAGGAGCCUACGAGGCAGAGUGCCUUUAGUUUGUGACGCGAUCCACGGCGAUCGAAGCCAGCGAGAUCGCGAGGCUGUUCUGGACCAUUUCCGGAAGGCCCAGGUGCAGGUCCUGCUCGCCACGGAUGUUGCCGGGCGGGGCAUCGACGUGAGCAAUGUCAAUCUUGUGGUCAACUACGACUGCCCUCGUAACGCCGAGGACUACAUACACCGUAUCGGUCGAACCGGCCGGCAGGGGAAAGGCGUGGCCAUUUCCAUACUGACCGACCGUGAGCAAGAUGCCAUGGAACUGAUAGCCAGCGUGAUCGAGAAGGCAGGCACUCGAAUGCCGCCAGAGCUGGCAAAAAGGAUGGGUAUGCUUUUGGGCGGCGACAAGAAGGUGGAUCCGCGGAUGCAUUGGAAGGAACCUUGGCAGGGAUUGGACGGCAACAGCUACCAGAAGGAGGACCUGAAGAGUGCAGUGGAGUCUCUCUGGACAUGA